AUGCCCCUCUACUCCGGCCUCACUCCAGACAGCCUCACCCCACUGGGUCCCGACAGUGCCGGCCUAGGUGGGGGGACUCCCUUCAGUGCGGGAGGGGCAGGUCAGAAGAGGAGGAGUCAGACAGAGGCAAACGGAAGCGUGAAGAAGAAGCAGAGGACGAGGGUUAGCUACAGCUGCAGCGAGUGUCAUAGGAGGAAGCAGAAGUGCGACCGUCAGAUCCCUUGCUCCCACUGUAUAGCUCGCAAGGUGCCUGAACUGUGUAAGGGCUACACACCGGGCAAAGCCGAUGGAGACCUCGCAGCCCGCCUCGCACGAGUAGAGAACAUCAUCGAGCAAGCUCUGCCGCAGUAUGCUUCCCGUCUCGGGUCUUCCAUUCCCCAGUCACCCAGCGACGGAGGGGACGACAUGGGCAUAGACACCGAAUCCCUGCACGGAGACUCUGGUCCGCAAGCAGAAGACAGCGACCCACAAGGCGGGAUCCUCCAGGGCGGGAAGUGGUACGGCAGCAGUGCGAGCGGGAGCGUGACGACCCAGCCUUUGCUGGAGCAGCUGCAUGCACAGAGCGGCGAGCUCGGACCUGUCGAGGACCCACAAACGCCCGCAGAGCGACUCCUCAGGCUUAUACAGGACUGUGGGGUCUCGGCGACCAAGGUUCCUGAGCUGCUGAGGGAACUCCCGGAGAGCAAGGUCAUGACUGACCGGCUUGUGGACUUUUACUUUCAGCAGAUUAAUUACACCCGGUACCCGCUGUACGAACCCGCCUUCCGCGUGUCGUACGAAUCGAUCUACGCUAACCAGGGCAAGCUUCACCCGAACGACAUCCGUUUCCUCCCUCUGCUAUUCGUGAUCCUCGCCACGUCCGUGCGGCUCGCUCCCGAGCACUUGGCCGGCAACUCCGCCGCACGCAGGAUCACCAGUCUGAGGUAUUACUGGGCUUCUCGCAGAUCGCUCCUCAUCGCCGCUGCGGUACAGAGCGACUCGCUCGAGCUCGUCUUUGCGCGCCUGUUGAGCUUCAGGUUCCUCAUCUUUGAGCGGAGGAUCACCGAGUGCUGGGCUCAGCUCGGCGCUGCUGUCAGGACGGCACAAGCCCUAGGCCUGCAUAGGGACGGGACAAAGCUCGGCUUGGACGCGUUCAACACCGAGUACCGCCGGCGGGUAUGGACCUACCUGUACCAUGCCGACCGGACGCACGCGCUCAUUCUCGGCCGCCCACCGAGCAUAUCAGACGACUACACCGACACCCUCCCGCCGUCCAACAUCCCUGACGACGCGCUGCCCACUGCGCAGAUAGUGAUGCCUUCCUCCGAGCCGCUGAGCAAGCCCACGCUGAUGACGUUCCAAAUCCUCCGUCACUCGCUCGCGAUCAUCAUAGGCCACAUCGUGCAUCAUUUCCAGAACCUGCGCGGUCACUCCCAUUACAGCGACGUAGUGCACCUAGACCAGGAGCUGGAGAACUUUAUCCAGACCCUCCCGCCCCACUACUCCCUCGACCCGGACACGUCGCUAGACCACAUCUACCACUUCGUCCCCGUUCACAGGUUCCUCAUCAUCACCGAAGUCUUCUUCGUCCGUAUGUCCUUGCACAGACCCUACCUCCUCCGCCGGAGCGACAGGUACAACCUUUCUCGCAGCGCGUCGUUCAAGUCUGCCCGGCUGGACUUCCGCGUUCGCCAGCUCUUUAAGCGUUCUGUCUCCGACUCGGUUAUGCGGUCUCUGGGUGGCGGGUACCGUGAGUUCCAAGCGGCGAUGACGGCUGGGAUCUCUCUCGUGCUUGAGCCUGACGGGCCAGAAUCAGACGCCAUGCGCCAGAUUGUAGACAGCUUCAUCCAAGAGCACAUGAUCAUCGGUGACGAGCUAGACGAGACGACUCGGCGGGAACUGAAGGUCAUCGAGCUCCUUCAAUCUAAGGCG